AACAUAACAAGUUACCUGGACCCAACUUUAACGACUGGCUGAGGAACCUUAAAAUUGUUCUACAGUCUGAGAAGAGGGACUAUGUACUGGACAAAGCCACUCCUCCUCCACCCGAGGAUCAGACUUCUGAUGAGUAUAGAGAAUAUUUACGUCAUAUUGGUGACAAUCUCCAAGCUCGGUGCUACAUGUUAGCAUCAAUGUCAAAUGAGUUACAGAGACAGAAUGAAUUAUUGGAUAAUGCAACUAAUAUCUUGCUUCACCUACAAGAGUUGUACGGUGAAAGGACUCGGCAAAUUAGAUAUCAGAUAUCUAAGGAGCUUUUCAGGUGUCAUAUGACUGCGGGCUCUUCAGUUCAUGAUCAUGGGCUGAAGAUGAUAGCUCUUAUUGAAAGGCUUUCAUCCCUUGGAGUCAUUAUGGAUAAUGAACUCUAUGUGGACCUUUUGCUGCAAUCUCUGCCACCGUCAUUUGACAGCUUUGCCGUUAACUUUAACAUGCAUAACAUGGAGACUUCUCUCCCAGAGUUA